AUGGACAAUGCUUAUAAGGUGCUCGCAGAUCUAACGAAAAACACACGUGUAACCAUCGACACAGCCCUCAAUUUCAUUAAUGAGCUUUCAGGAACCGAUCCUCACAGAGUCCUCUCGGAAGACAAUGCAGAAAUUCGCCUCAAAGCAAAGCAAAUCGCACAGGACUUACAGAUAGAUGAUAUCUUUUCCAAGGUCGAAAAGGCAAAGGAUCGCCCCCGGCAACGGAAAUCAGAACCUCGCACUCCGCCCCGAGAGCGGUUAAAGGGGAUUAUUUCCCAGUCUGACCUCCCAGAUGUGCGCGCUGUCGGAGCAGAACGAUCUAAGCUUUAUGCAGAAGCCCAAGCAAAGACACGCAGGCUUGAAGAGGAGAUACGAGAGGAAGUGAUUGCACAGAGAGCGAAAGAGCUGGCUGAAAGGCAGCGGAUACGUAUUCAGGAAGAAGCCAGGCUCCUGGUAGAAAAGGAGCGUGAGAAGACUGCCAAGGUUAUCGCGGAACAAAAGGAGCGAUAUCGGAUGGAGGCCCUUGAGAAGUGCGUUGCAAUGAUGAUCCGUCGCAGGCAGGUGGUUCUAGCCACACAGAUCCUUGUUAGCUGGAAAGCACAUAUAAAGGCACUGAACCGUAAUGAAGCCAUUAUUAAGAAGAAUUACCUAUUAUGUUUGUUGCGGUUGACGUUCCAUACAUGGCUGUCAACUUUCCUUCAUCGUAAAGAAACAUAUGAAAAGGAACGCCAACGGUUGCGGAUGGAGACUAUAAAAUCUCAAAUACGAAUGGCUGAGACGAACUAUGUUGUUGUGCUCAUGAAAAAAACACUGCUAGCUAUGCGUGUUGAGGCUCAAAGGCUACAAACGCGGCGGAGACAAGAAGAACAACGGGCAUGCAGAGAAAGACGCAUCCAAUCCUUUAUUCAGCGAAUAGAAGUCAGCAAAUCUUUAUGCUUAUCUCAAAACGAAACUAACGAUGCAUCUCCUCGAUCACCAUCGCCAGUAGUAUCGUGUACAGAAGGGCUUGAACAAAAGCAGGAAUCUGUAUCUACCAAUCCAGAGACCCAACAGAAUCAGAGUCACAACGAUACUCUCGGACAUCUAACCACAUCCUCGAAAAAGGUCCGAUUUGAAACAACAGAGGAGCCUCAAGUAUCGUCUGCCGAUAGCUUGAGGCCCUUUUCAGAAAGCAACCAGGUGGCUGCGCCCGUGAAUCAAGCAGUUGAACAGUUUACUACGCGCAAGCUACUUCGUAAAGCACCACAAGUUUAUAUAGAUUAUAGCAAACGAGCUGCAGACCGCAAACAGGAACGUCUUCGGCGCCUCGAAGAAGACAGGCUUGCAAAAGAGCAAGCUGAGCACUCCAAGAGGGUCUUGCAGGAGGAACUAGCACGUCGAAAGGCACAAGUACGAAAAGAGCAAUUAGAAAUAGCCACGUCUUGCCACGCAGGUCUUCUUUUGCGGAUAGGAUAUCGGUCCCUGGUUGCACUCCAUACUAAGCUUGCUUUGUGGCACACCACAUCCUUACAAAGAAUGCUGUCUUAUGUUUUUUCUAUCUGGAUCCAGCAAGCCAGAGAGAAACUAGGCAAAAGGAUAGAAGUCCUGAGUAAGGUGGAUGAUGCUAUAGGUCGCAUUAUGGACAGAUUUACAAAGCAAGUUGUAUUUUUAGAAGGGUUUAUUCCUCUUCUGCAACAAUCGAGGCAACGCUUCCUACAAGCAGAUCACUUCUUUACACUAAGCCUGUUUCGCAGGUCCCUUGCGUCCAUGCGAUGGCGCUUGCAUCAGGCUGACCUUGAAGCACAAGUGCAAGGCAAGAGGCUUCGGCAGAAAGUCAUUGGGCGCACAGUUAUCUUUGCAUGGAGGCAUGCGAUACUAGAUCUUCGAAAAGAACGGGUCGCUGACGCGCGGCAAGCAGAGAUUUAUAGACUUAUGAGGGCGCAGGUUGCAAUGCAGUGGGAGGAGGUGAUCGACAGGUCUAUCCUGGAAUCAUUUCCAUCCUUCUAUGAAAAGUUUGAACCUGUCAUUCGUUCAUUUGACGAAUUUAUUGAUUCUAGUUCUUUAGAGGCUUUGGCUGAGACUACCCUUUGUCACCUUCUCCGUUCUCCCAGUGACUUACAGCCCCAACUACCAGGUUCACACCCUCCACCUCUUUCGUUUCCUGUUCAAACUCAUUCGUCUGGACAACCAGAGGAAAAGGAUACUAUAGAAGAUGCUGAUGAGGAAGUGGACUUCACUAGUCUUGCUGCUUUAAUUUCUGCUGCCAAACAGCUUACUGGCCAGAGUGCUCUUACGACUCAGACAGAGCUGGAGUUCACCUAUGACUUCUCCGCUGCAACUUCCCGUCCCAGCGGGAACUCGACAUGA